AGAUCGUAACGUUGUCGUGUACAAUUCACAGUACCAAUUGUAUCAGUGUUUCUCUCCUGCGUUGUGGGCGAGUGUGUGAGCACGGUAAGAUGCAGACCAUUGCGAGGCGCUUAGGGCACCAAUCGUCGACAUCGUUCAGGGCUAUCUAUCCAAUUUUUGAUCACCAUUAUGUAGCGGAUCAUCAGCGUUAUGUUUCUACCAUCGCCACCAAGGGCGUGGGUCACCUCGUUCGCAAGGGCACUGGUGGACGGUCGUCUGUCAGUGGCAUCAUUGCUACAGUAUUUGGGGCAACAGGAUUCUUAGGUCGUUAUGUUGUCCAACAACUUGCUAAAAUGGGAUCUCAAGUCCUAGUUCCUUUCAGAGGCUCUGAAGAUUGUCCCCGUCAUCUCAAAUUGAUGGGGGAUUUGGGACAGAUUGUACCCAUGAAAUACAAUCCAAGGGAUGAAAGUUCAGUAAAAGCAGUGAUGGCCAAGGCCAACGUUGUUAUCAAUCUGAUUGGAAGGGAUUAUGAGACAAGAAACUACAGCUUUGAAGAGGUACACUAUCACAUGGCUGAGAACCUUGCUAAGAUUUCCAGAGAGCAUGGUGGUAUCUUGAGAUUUAUCCAAGUUUCUUCUUUAGGCGCAUCUCCAUCAUCUCCAUCCAGGAUGCUUAGAGCCAAAGCCGCUGCUGAGGAAGUGGUUUUAAGGGAAUUACCCGAGGCCACAAUCUUGAAACCGGCUGUUAUGAUUGGUACAGAGGAUCGGAUUUUGAACCCAUGGGCUCAUUUUGCGAAAAAGUAUGGCUUUAUUCCAUUGUUUGGAAAUGGGAGCACAAAGAUCCAGCCUGUUUAUGUGGUUGAUGUUGCUGCUGCACUUACUACAGUCUUGAAGGAUGACGGCACUAGCAUGGGAAAGACUUAUGAAUUGGGUGGUCCAGAAAUCUUUACUGUGCAUGACUUGGCAGAGCUUAUGUAUGAAACAAUCCGAGAAUGGCCUCGUUACGUGAAGGUGCCUUUCCCCAUUGCAAAGGCAUUGGCAACACCAAGAGAAAUAUUACUAAACAAGGUCCCCUUUCCGCUACCUACUCCUGAGAUAUUCAAUCUGGAUAAGAUCCAGGCUUUAACUACAGAUACCAUUGUUUCAGAAAAUGCUUUGACUUUCAAUGAUCUUGGAAUUGUUCCUCAUAAGCUUAAGGGAUACCCUGUUGAGUUUCUUAUCUCAUAUAGGAAAGGAGGCCCACAAUUUGGUUCUACCAUCAGUGAAAGAGUCACUCCAGAUGCUUGGCCAUAAGAUUCUUUGGAUAUUUUGAUCCUGAAUCAUUUUUCUGUCUUGCUUGUACUUCCACCAUUUCAUUUCACUAUUUAAAGAAGAUCUGAAAGGCUUUUGUAUCUUCCUUUCCUAAUCUGUAGAAUACGUGAUCAUGUUUGACUAUGAUAAUAAAAUCCAGAUACAUGUUGAUUCCCGAACUUAAACAUCGCAGGAUCAAAUUGAGAGUCGUGUUUUGUUAUCAUAUAAAA